AUGCCUCGCGAAAUCUCCGACAUCAAGACCUUCAUCGAGAUUUGCCGACGAAAGGAUGCCUCAUCCGCCCGGAUAAAGAAGAACAAGGUCACCAACCAGACCAAGUUCAAGGUCCGAUGCCAGCGAUACCUCUACACCUUGGUCCUCAAGGACUCCGACAAGGCUGAGAAGCUAAAGCAGAGCCUGCCUCCAGGACUCAGCAUCACCGACACCCCCAAGAAGAACGCCAAGGGCAAGCACGUUGCUAAGUCGUCAUAA